AUGAGUGAUCCUCACCCUUUGGAAGAGGAGGUAUAUGAUAUGUCAGGUGCCCGCCUGGCCCUAACACUGUGUGUCACCAAAGCCCGAGAAGGUUCAGAGGAAGACUUGGAUGCCCUGGAAUACAUGUUUCAGCAGCUGAAAUUUGAAAGCAUCAUGAAAAGAGAUCCCACUGCUGAGCAAUUCCAAGAAGAGUUGGAAAAAUUCCAGCAGGCCAUAGACACCUGGGAAGGACCCGUCAGUUGUGCCUUCGUGGCGCUCAUGGCCCACGGGGAGGAAGGACUCCUCGAGGGGGAAGAUGGGAAGAUGGUCAAGUUGGAGAACCUCUUUGAGGUCCUGAACAACAAGAAUUGCCAAGCCCUGAGGGCCAAACCCAAGGUGUACAUCAUCCAGGCCUGUCGAGGAGAACAAAAGGACCCUGGAGAAACAGUAGGUGAAGAUGAGAUGGUGAUGAUCACCCAGACCAUCCCAACAUACACAGACAUCCUACAUAUCUACUCCACGGUGGAAGGGCACAUCUCCUACAGACAUGAGCAGAAUGGCUCCUGCUUCAUCCAGACCCUGGUUGAUGUGCUCACAAACAGGAAAGGUCCCAUCUUGGAGCUUCUGACAGAGGUGACACGACGGAUGGCAGAAGCAGAGCUGGUUCAAGGGGGAAAAGUGAGGAAGGUGAACCCUGAAAUUCAAAGCACCCUCCGGAAACGGCUCUAUCUGCAGUAG